CUACACCCACCAAAAUUGACUCUUCCCUUAAAAUUUGCUUACAAGUCACAAGCAUACAUGUCAUAAGCACCAUAAUAGCACAAAAUAAAUAAAGAGAGAGAAAGAUGAAGGGGAACAGGUAUUUAGUUACUAUCUAAUAUCAAAUAAGAUAUAGAUGAAAAUGUAUCACCUAAUAAAUAGGUAUUAAAUAUAGUACAAAAGAUGUCAUAUACACUAAUCUAACAACAUUGUGUACCUAUGAUAAAAAAAUAAUGACAAAAUUUCUACCAUAUGCACCAUUGAGUAUUAUUCAAAAUUUAAACUAACACAGUUUUGCCAAAUAUGGAGAUUUAUAUUGUAUAUAGUAAAGAAGAAUUUUCAAAAUGCAGAGUGUUAUGAUAACACAUACAUCAACAAAAGCAGCAAGUCAUACAUUACACAAAAUACCAUUACAUCACAUGAUCACAGAACAGUGCAUCGUAAUCUGUCGUAUCAUUCUACCUACACUUGAGGGUACAAGAUAAAGCAAGAAAGAAAGAAGAUACUUACAGCAGCUACAGCAGGACUACUUCACAUGCUUAAUUGAUGGCGCAAAAUACAGAUAUUGAUACACUUAUAAAUAAUUUUGAAGAAGAAAUAAAAAAAUUAGAUGAUGCUGGCAAAAAGUACACAAUUGAGUCUGUAAAGAGAAAAUUAUGGGCAAUAGAAAAAAAUAUGAAAGAAGAAAACGUUUUGUACGAUUGGGAUGAAUACUUCAUGAGUAUUGCAUGUUUAGCUGCUCUAAGGAGUGAAGACAAAAACUCUCCAGUUGGUGCAUGCAUUGUGAGUCCACACAAGACAGUAGUUGGUGUUGGAUAUAACUCAAUGCCAAAAAAUGAUAAAGGCAACUUUCCGUGGAAAGGAAGAGAAGGAUCAUCAUUUGAAAAAUCCCGAUAUGCUGUAGAUAAAAAGUUUUUGUAUGUUGUUCAUGCUGCAGUAAAUGCAAUUGUUAACAAGACUAUUCCCAGUCUAGAGGGAUGUACUAUAUACACUACAAUGCCACCAGCUAGAGAUUGUGCUCAUGCUAUUAUUCAGUCAGGAAUAAAGGACUCACACUACUAAAAUUCAGUUCUCUAUGAGUGCAGUGAGAGCAAUGAUGAGACGAUUUGUUGAGUUGAUACUUGAUAGUAGAACGAGACGAAGACGACGAACGAACGAACGACUAGACUGACUGAUUAAUGUAUGUGUGUAUGUAUAUUAAAUAGUUGUUGACCACGUGUAAACUCGUGGUUACUAUAAUCAAUAACAAGCCACCACAGGUUGUAAAAUAUGAAGAAUUCUAUGACAACACAAAAAGGGAAGAAGAAAGUGAUAUCAGAGAUGCAAAGCUGUUACUCCGUCAAUCAGACAUUCUUCUAAUACCCUGUAAAAUGGAGAAAGAACCUCUUAUUGAAAGAGAAAGUGAAAAAGUAUGGUUGACAGGUAGACUACAAAAAAUAACUAACGAAAUACUGUGUGAUGAUGAAUUGUUUAUGGCAAUAGCAAAAUUGUCAGCAAUGAAACAAGGUCAUCAUGAAAAAUUUCCACAAUUCACGCAAGGAGCAUGUAUAGUGGAUGAUAAUAAAAGAGUUCUCUCAGUUGGUCAAAGUGGCUAUCCUGAAAUAAUGAACAAAAGAGCUAUUGGUGAUAUACAAUACAAAAAACUAUACUAUGAUGGAGAUGCAUUUAUGGCACAUGCUGAAUACAAGGCUAUACUAGCAAAGGGUACUCCAUCCUUCAGAGGCUGCACAUUGUAUGUUACUAAAUUCCCUUGUCAUGGGUGUGCACAAGUAAUAGUACAAUCAGGAAUUAAAAAAGUAUUCUACAACAAAGCUCCAAAAUGCUUUAAAAAAGAACCAGUAGAAGUAUCAGUUACAAAGGAAGUGGUAGCUACAAAAAGAGAGUUAGUUACAACCAAAGAAAAAGUUAGUAUAAAGAAAGGAACAGUUAUAGAUGAGAGUGAAGACACACUUAUGAUAUCUACAAAAGAAGUGCUGCAAGAUAUAGAUGACAAAGUCCCAGUUACAGAGACAGUGUCAGUUGUUACACCAAUUUUGGAAAGUACACUUAAUCCUUCUGAUGCAAAAUUGUGGAGAAAACAGGCAAAAACUAACAGCUAUUUUGCAUCAAAGGAACACACUUUAAAAGGAAUGGAUAUAGAACCAUACAACAUAGAAGUGACAAGAAAACAGAUUCCACUCAAAACCUACCAAACAGUUUUUACCCGGCAAACUAAUGUCAAGGGCCCCCAGACAUAAUUAUGUUACUUCAUAAUAAUUAUAAUUCCUGUCAAUUAAUUUUCUAUUUUUAUUUUGAGUGAAACUUAGUAGUUUUCAUUUGAAACUUAGUAGUUUUCAUUUGUGUAAAAAAUUCUAUUGUGAAAUUUAGUAGUUUUCAUUUGUGUAAAAAUUUUUUAUCCACAUUACCUUUUUGUCAGUGAUUUUUAUUUAA